CUCUAGCGGCCGGACGCCGUUCUCCCGGUGGACCGGAAUGAAGCGUGCCUCCGCGCGCUCUAAUAGGAAGUUCCCCUGCAAAACUUUUAGGAAACAAUCCUGUCCGACCCGCACCAGAUGAACGCCGACACCAUAAUCCUAAUCGCGGGACAGCUUCUCAGAGAGUGAAGAGGAGCUGCAUCAGCUGUCAUGGAUGCACAAGCAGGAACUGAAGGACUCACUGGUUGAUAUGUACAAAGCUAAUCCUAAAGUCAAUGAAGAACUGAAACAAAGGCUGCCGUCCCCUGUAAAGCACCAUUGUUCAGAGACCACACCACAACUUGGAUCCUCUUUAGGAGAAACCACUUCAGCUACUUCCCAAUGUCAGAGUUUAUCAAAAGCCCUGGAGGAGAAACUCACGCAAGUAUCUAAGACUCCCAGGCCCAGAGAAGGUUUGAUGCUCAGACUCCCUCCACCCCCACCCGUGCCAGGCCCAGUUGCAUCUGAAGUGAGAAUCAUGGAGGAGGAGAGACGGUCUCCACAGAGACUCGCAGCACAGCAGGAGCAGGAUAUUAACGAGACAGCCAGCAGUCCGGUCCACACACCACGCAUCAGCAGGGCAGGGUCUGCUGCACUCAGGCAUGCUCAUGCUCAAGAGGACCAGGGAAAUUCCAAAGUUAUCAGCGACUCCAAAAAGCAAGUACCAGUUUUGGAUAAAGAGAAGAACAUUGCCUUCCUCUUGAAGGAGCUGGAUUCCCUUCGAGACCUCAACAAGAAGCUCCAGGAGAAGUUGGCUCUGAAAGAGAAGGAGUUGGAAACCAAGCUUCUGGACUCUCAGCUACAGGAGGCCGAGCUGGAGGCGCGUGCCAGCGAGAGAGCAGCAGCGUUAGUCGAGGAAAUCUAUAAGGCUCAGAGGGAGAGAGACCAGGCUGUGAUGGCCAGACUGCGUCUGGCUAAUGAGGAGAGGGAUGAAGCUUUACUUCGGGCCAAGAAGCUUCAGGAGGCGACGCUGGAGCUGGAGAAUAUUAAACCUGAAGAAAGUGAUGUGGACCUGGAAGAGCUGCUGAACAGGGUUAACAGCACGGACUCUGCCCUCGCUAUCGAGCAGAGCGGGGCGGCCAUCAUCGAACAGAUCCAGAGGGCCAGAGAGCGUCGCUCCCAGAUCACCUCAGAGGAGAUGAAAGCCGUAAUAGAGGAAAGAGACACUGCUUUAACCAGGUGCAAGCGUCUGGAACAAGAGCUUCUUCGUGUGAAAGAGCCGUGCCAUAAUUCUGCAAACAGCACCCGCCACCUGGCCGCCCAAAACAAUCGGGAGCGAGUGAGCAAGCUCGAGGAGGAGCUUCAAGAAGCUCAGAGAGAACGAGAUAAAGCCCUGCUGCACAGUCACACAGCGGAAGAGGAGCUGCAAACCUUGCGCAGGUAUCACAGUGUGCUACAGCAUCAGGAUGACGAGCUCAGUUCAGACAGUCCUGUCACCUCAAACCAAAGCCAGAGCCAGAUUCAGCCCCUCCUGCACCGUCUGCAGCAGCUGACGUCAGAGUUUCAGAGCGCUCAGAGUCAGCUGUGUCUGACCCAGGAGAGAGAGAGAGAGGCCAAUGAGAAAGUGCAGAGGUUGGAGCGCUUGGUGGAGGUGUUACGGAAGAAAGUGGGCACUGGCAGUGUCCGGAAAGUCAUCUGACCGAGCGGCCGUCGGGGCGACCCCGAGCAGACGGCCACAUCUGGUGACCAGGCUGCAGCGUUUAACUCUGAGCAAACAGCCGAAGCCUGGCCUGGGCAAACACAGGCUGGAAGUGGCGUUCUUUCUCUCAGCCCUGUUCUCAUUCCAGCCCAGGCUCAGAAACGCCAUCGUAAAUGUUUAACCACAUUCUCUCCGCAGCCACCAAUGAAACGGCCGCUUGCCAGCCCUUUACCUCCACACUCUACCCGCUGCUCCAAAGGUUUUCUUCCUUUCGUUCGUUCUUCUCCUCCCGGUCGAUUUUUACUUGCAGUGUGAGGUUAAGUCUGGUUAAACAAGGGACGUUUGAUUGGACGAUUACUUUGUGAGGUACUGAGACUUUAUUUUUCAUAGAAAGCCAGCUAUUUUUUUUUUGGACCGAGCUGGGAUUUGGGAAUGGACAAACUGGACUAUUUACGUUUUUUUCCCAAAUUAAUAAAGGGAGUUAUGACAACAGUAUACAGUGUAUCAGUUGACACAAUCAGUUUUUAUAAUCACAAAUGCUUGUUCGGCAUUUACUCUUAAAUGUUAUUUAAUAAUCAGUUGUUUCUGUGAUUAUCAGUGAUUUUAGAUAUAUAUUGACAAUAGAAAUUAUAGGAUAAAUCCUUCAAAUAUAAUAAAAAAAAAAAAAUCUAAUCUAAAUAUGCAGUCCACUAAUAGAGAAUAUAGUUGUAUUGUUAAUUAUCUAUUUGUUUCGCAUGAUUUACAUGAUUUACUUAUUCAAUUAUUUAUUUAUUUUUUUUUCAAAAUUCGUUUUUUGAUUUAAAUUAAUUUUAAAACUACAUAACCGUGUUCUAAACACAACUGCUCAAAUCUAUAAAUGUGCCUUUUUUUUAUUCAAGUUAUAUACUACGCUCGGUGAGAUAUUGUUGAAAUAUUAAUAUUGGAAAUUAUUUAUUUUAAAAAUUUAAAACUUGCAAGCGAGAUUUAAAAUUACGUCUCAACAUUUUUACAAAGAAAAUCAGAUAUACAGUACACCGUGGGAAAAAAAAAAGUGGGCUGAUGAUUCUUUGAAUGCUUAUUAAUGUGUUGCGAGUGUUUAAUGGGAACCGCUUUGCAUGCUGAUAAUUUACAAACAUAAAAUGGGCCAAAGAGAUCUGUCGACCUUUACCAACGACUACAUACCCCAAACAAUUAUAUAAGCGUGCUUGAUGUUGCCUUUCCCUGUCCGUCCUUCAGCAGAGCUCUUCCUCGGCCUGAUCGAUUAUGUACUCAGAAAUAUGUUAGAUGCACCGGUGAAUAAAGAAAGGGCUGUUUAGGCCCAGACGUGC